UCUGUCUGUCUCUCGCUCUGGGAAGGGGAUGGAAGGGGAGAUAGGAUCGGCGUUGAACUCCGGCUAAGCUCUCGCUCGCUGCUUCACUCCCCGUGUGCAGAUUUCCGGCGCAGGAAGCCUCGCUGGAAAGUGCCCCGCUCUCGCCACAACCCGAGACGUCACCCUCUUGGAGCUCAUGUGCUGCUUGCUCUUACUAUAGCGGUGGAGAGGGCGGCCCAUGGAUUGGUCGGAAGCGGGGUUUGCGUGCGAGGGAGUUCUAGGGGCGCGAUGAUGAAUGUCGGGCGAUGGUGAGUUGUGGAGGGACGGCGUUGUGCGAUUACGGAGCUGGACGUGGCCGAUUGCAGAAAAGAGGAAAGAAUGCUGGUGGUAUUCAGGAUACACAGUGCUGGCAAAGUCGGUAUAUAUUUUGUUGGGAAGGAGACCGAAGCUGGCUGAGGAAUAGCUUUUACUUUAUUUUGGAGUGAAGCCACCAUUUUACAAUGGAUCCGCAGGAAUUUGGAUUUGCGGAGGACUUUGGGCAGAAGGUAGACUUAACCCAACGUAUCCGUGAAGUCCUUGCAAACUAUCCAGAAGGAACCACCAUUCUGAAGGAAUUGAUUCAGAACGCGGAUGACGCUGGAGCCACAAGAGUGAGUUUUUGCUUAGAUCGCCGACGGCAUGGAACUAACAGCUUGGCAUAUGGACCUUUGGCCGAGUGGCAAGGUCCGGCUUUGCUGGCGUUCAACAAUGCAACGUUUGUAGAGGAGGACUUUGUGAGCAUUUCAAGAAUUGGAGAUAGUAAGAAACGUGGCCAAGCGUGGAAAACAGGGCGGUUCGGGGUUGGAUUCAAUUCCGUAUAUCAUCUUUCAGAUCUCCCUUCGUUUGUGAGUGGGAGAUAUGUUGUUAUGUUUGAUCCUCAUUGCAAAUUUCUUCCUAGGGUAUCCUCAGCUAAUCCAGGGAAGCGAAUCGACUUUGUUAGUACCGGAGCACUGAAAAUGUACAGGGAUCAAUUUUCACCGUAUUGCGCCUUCGGGUGUGAUAUGGAAUCUCCUUACCCAGGCACAUUGUUUCGUUUCCCACUCCGCAAUGAGCUUCAAGCGGCAGUCAGCAGCCUGUCUAGGCAGUCAUACUCUGAGGAGGACAUGCAAAACUUGUUAAAGGAUCUUUUUGUUGAAGGCGUCCACUCUAUGCUUUUUCUGAAAAGUGUGGAAGUUUUAGAGAUUUAUGAGUGGCAUGCAGAGAUGCCUGAACCUCAACAGUUGUAUUCAUGUAGUAUAAAAUCUCCUACUUCUGAAUUAAGGUGGCAUAGACAAGCAUUUACACGGUUAUCCAAGUCACCCGCAGUUCAAUCAAGUAACGCGGGAAACCAUAAUGAUGUGUACACUUUAGAGUUUGUCAGUGAAGUGCUUAUGGGACCUCAUGAAGGAGAAAAAAAGGCUGAGUCUUUUUUAAUUGUUCAGUCUAUGGGAGCUGCAGGUAGCAGAAUAGGAACUUUGGCCAAAAAUGCCAAGGAUCACUAUGAUCUUCAUCUACUUCCCUGGGCAUGUGUAGCAGCUAAAGUGGCUAGCAGUGGACAGAAGGCUCGAGAGGAAGUGGCAUUGCAAGGUCAAGCUUUCUGUUUUCUUCCGCUCCCUGUAAGAACAGGUCUACCUGUGCAUGUAAACGGGUAUUUUGAGUUGUCGUCUAAUCGCCGAGAUAUAUGGUACGGUGCAGACAUGGACAGAGGUGGGAAGUUGAGGUCAGAUUGGAACAGAUGUCUACUGGAGGAUGUAAUAGCUCCAGCUUUUUCAGUACUGCUUGUUGAAGCCAGUAAGCAUCUCGGCCACAUUGCUCUGUGCGAUUCUCUCUGGCCCUGCGGUAAUUUUGUGGAGCCUUGGUUGGCUAUGGUCAAGCGGUUUUAUUCCAUUGCUGCCGACCUCCCGUUGCUUUACACAGAUGCUGGGGGUGGUAGAUGGAUUACUCCUAAGCAGGCACUGUACCACGACGAAGAAUUUUCCGAUGCUGUGGGGCUAGCAAGUGCUUUAACUGCGGAGGGAUUUCCUCUGGUUCGGUUAAGCACAUUGUUGCGAGAUACAUUGUUUAACUUCUGCGUACCGAAUCCCAGAAUGGUGUUACCUAGUUUAAUCAGAUCUCAGUUUCGCAAGCCUGGGAAGCAUUCUGGUUUGGUUGAGCGAAGUAAUGCUUUGGUUAUACUUGAUUAUUGCCUUGGAGAUGUGAUUGAUGACGAGGCUGGCGAAAUUCUACUUGGUUUGCCACUCAUUCCGUUAGCGAACGGUACGCUGGGAGUUUUUGGGAAGAGGAAUGAUGUAAAUAUCUUUGUGAUCUGCAAGGACCUAGAAUACCAGCUGCUAGAAACACUUCCUGAUAAGCUGGUCGACCAGAGCAUAGGUCUAAAUUUGAUGGAGAGGCUCAAAAAUAUUGCAACAACAUCACAUACAAAUCUGUACUGUCUUUCCGGAGUAAUUUUGGCUCAGCUAUUUGAGCGUCUGCUCCCACCUGAAUGGAAUGGUGUAGAAGAGAUAGAGUGGAAACCGGGAUCCAAUCCAAGACAUCCUCGCCAAGAGUGGUUGACACUAGUUUGGCAGUACCUUCAACGAAACUGUAAGGAUUUGUCAAUAUUCAAGGAAUGGCCUCUGCUGCCUACGACAAGUGGUCACCUCUGCAAGCUUCAGAUUCACUCCAAAAUAAUCAAGGCUGGAGUAUGGGAUGCGAGUCUAGAAUCCAUAUUGAUUAAAUUGGGGUGUCGAAUUCUAAGGAGCGAUAUGGGUAUUGAGCACCCGAAGUUAUCUGCUUAUGUGCAUGAUAGUACAGCAGCGGGCAUUGUAGAUUCUGUUUCUUGUGUCACUUCUCAGGAGCCGCAACAUUUGGCCCGAGCAUUUGAGACUCUUGAUGCUGCUGAAAGGCUUGAGUUGCGCGAAUUCUUAUAUGACGCAAAGUGGUAUGCUGGUGACGAAAUGAAUGAAGAGCGUCUCAACAUUAUGAAGGCCUUCCCUAUUUUUGAGGUUUACUCAGGGGCGGAUAUUAGAACUAAGAUAAAUGUUGAUCUUGUUCGUUCUAAGUUAUUCUUGGCUCCUGUGGGCGUAGAUGAAGCUCUGCUCAGUUCUGAGUUUUUAUGCACCUAUUCAGAUAGAGAACUAGAAUGGUUAGCGGGAUCCCUGAAGGUGAAGCAUUUGGAAAGGCCCAUCUUUUAUAAGUGGAGGGUUUUUAAUCGCCUACAUGAGAUAACACCGGAGGUGCGGGACAGAAUGAUGUUGUCUAUCUUGAAGGAGCUUCCACAGUUAACCGCAGUAGACAGUAGUUUCCGUGAAGCUUUGAAGCAACUUGCGUUCGUACCUACAGCUAGUGGUACUUUGGUGACCCCAAAAACUUUAUAUGAUCCUCGUAGUCCAGAACUUACUGCGCUGCUGGAUAAUCAAGAUUUAUUUCCAGCGGGAGUUUUCCUGAAUGACAUAGUUUUGGACAUGCUGCAAGGGCUGGGUUUGAGGGUUUCAGUAUCUUCGGAGACAAUUCUACAGAGUGCUCGACAAGUUGAAACUUUGUUAUCCAGUGAUGCAGACCGGGCUCAUCAGAAAGGUCAGGAACUCUUGUCCUAUUUAGAGCUUAACGCGAUUCGGUGGCUUCCACAACGUCCUUUGGACGAUUCAAACAAGUCUCUAGGCCGCAUGUUCCAGAAAGUUUCAACUAUUUUCCAGUCCCCCGAUUUAGCGUCUGAUGCAACACUCAGUCGAUUCUGGCAUGAGCUCUCAAGCUUGAGUUGGUGCCCUGUUUUAAUGCAUCCUCCUCAUCCCCAUUUGCCAUGGCCUUCAGUGGGAAGUUCAGUUGCACCUCCUAAGCAUGUGGCUUUGAAGGAGGAUAUGUGGUUAGUGUCUGCAAGCAUGAGGAUUUUAGAUGGAGAGUGCAGUAAGUCUUCUGUAUUAGCUUCCAAAUUAGGUUGGUCAGCACGGCCUAGUGGGAGAAGGUUGGCUGCACAGUUGCUGGAACUUGGGAAGAAUCAUGUUGUCGUUCAAGAUCUUGCAAUGAGUCAAGCAUUAGCGACAGUGGUUCCAAGGAUCUAUGCUCUCUUGAAUGAGAUGCUUGGAAGUGAUGAAGUGGAGAUUGUGAAAGCGGUGUUGGAGGGAAGUCGCUGGGUGUGGGUUGGCGAUGGUUUUGCCAACGUUCAAGAAGUAGCUUUUAGUGGGCCCCUGCAUCUGGCACCAUUUCUUCGAAUCAUUCCUGCAGAUUUGGCUGCCUUCAAAGAGCUUUUGCUCGAGCUGGGCGUAAGGGAGACACUAACACCGACCGAAUUUGCUCUUGUCCUCUCAAAUAUGGCGAAAGAUAAAGAGGGUGCAUCUUUGGAUCCUCAGCAGCUGAGUGCAGCAGUCUGGUUGGUACAGCAUCUAGCUGAUCUCCACUUUAAUUCACAGGAAGUGGUUGCUUUUGUUCCAGAUUCGAAUUCUGUUUUGGUUCCUGCCCUAGAGCUAGUGUACAACGAUGCCCCUUGGCUGCAUAAUUCAGAAGGUUCAAUAGGUGGCAACUUAACGGGGCCCACAAAAUCUGUUAGAGGCCCUAGAUUUGUCCAUGCCAAAAUAUCCACAGACGUUGCAGAGAGGUUAGGUGUGCGAUCGUUACGGCGGAUGCUACUUGCAGAAAGUGCUGACUCAAUGGACUUGGGCCUUCACGAUGCUGCCGAAGCGUUUGGUCAACAUGAAGCCUUAACGACACGGUUGAAGCACAUUGUAGAGAUGUACUCAGAUGGACCCGGUAUUCUUUGUGAGUUGGUGCAGAAUGCUGAUGAUGCAGGGGCUCGAGAGGUUAAUUUCUUGUUAGAUCGGUCGGAGUUUGGAACGUCUUCGGUCUUAUCGCCCAGUAUGGCCGACUGGCAAGGUCCUGCACUGUAUUGCCAAAAUGAUUCUGUAUUCACUUCACGAGAUCUCUACGCGAUUUCCCGAAUCGGGCAGGACAGCAAGCUCGAGAGGCCUUCCGCGAUUGGACGUUUUGGACUUGGAUUCAAUUCAGUUUAUCAUUUUACUGACAUACCGGGCUUUAUUUCUGGUAGUAAUUUGGUCAUGUUCGAUCCCCAUGCCUGUAAUCUUCCUGGUGUGACGCCCUCUCAUCCGGGGCUAAAAAUCAGUUUUGUAGGUCGAGGUCUGCUUGAACAGUUUCCUGAUCAGCUGCGGCCGUAUUUGAUAUUUGGAUGUGAUUUGCAAAGGUCAUAUCCAGGCACCCUCUUCCGCUUUCCUUUGCGAACUGAGAAAACAGCAGCAAAUAGUGAGAUCAAGCAAGGAGCUUAUACACCUGAGGAUGUGGUGGCUCUUUUUUGGUCCUUUAAAAGCAGUGCCGAAGAAGCGGUGUUGUUUCUAAGAAAUGUGGCUAGUGUCUCGGUGUAUGUUCGUGACAGUCCAGAUAAAGACAUGGAGCUCCUUUACCAAGUGAGGCGCCCUGUGACUACAAUGGUGAGUCCCGUCUAUGAUUUUGUACGGGGCAAUCCGCAAAACCCAAUCGACAAGGACCAGUUUUAUAGAAAACUUACAAAGACCCCCGAUUCUCAAUUGCCAUGGCAUUGUCAGACUGUAGAAGUAUCGCUUACAAUGGCUGGUAUGCAACAGUCACAAAAGUGGCUGAUUAGUACUGCUAUGGGUGGUAAGCGUGCUAGGGACCAAGCAAUUGCUCUUGAAAAUCGUCCUCGCGGCUUUAUUCCAUGGGCAGGAAUAGCUGCUCCUUUGUUUACAAACCAAUCUAAGGAUGCCGUGAUUAAGGUGGAGAAAAUCCAGGAUGGUUCAAUGGGUGACAAAACUAGCAACUUUGAGAGCAAAGAGGAAUUUGAAGGUCGUGCAUUUUGCUUUCUUCCUUUACCUGUAAAAAUUGGUCUUCCUGUUCAUGUAAAUGGAUACUUUGAACUAUCUAGUAACCGAAGAGACAUAUGGUAUGGUGAUGAUAUGGCUGGAGGAGGAAAGUUACGAGCAGACUGGAAUCGCUGCCUCCUAGAAGACGUUGCAGCUCCUGCUUAUGCUCGGCUGCUAGUUGAAGCUGCUCGCGAAUUGGGAGCUACUGCAAUGUUUCAUGCUUUGUGGCCCACUGGAUCUGUUCACGAACCCUGGUAUUCCUUGCUGAAACAAGUAUACAAGUCGGUGGUUGAAUUGGACCUUCCUGUGUUGUAUACAAAUGCAAUCCAAGGAAAAUGGGUAUCCCCAAAACGAGCGGUUUUCCCUGACAACAGCUUUGCUGAAGCACGUGAGUUAGGUGAUGCUUUAGCUCAUGCAGGCCUUCCUAUUAUAAGUGCACCUGAUGCUGUAAUUGCCAAGUUUCGGGAGGUCUGCCCGUAUGUGAGACAUUUAACACCUUCUAUGUUGCGUAGAUCCAUUGCUGGCACAAGACGUACCUUGGAUGGUCCAGCUGCAAAUGUCUUGGCUCUAAAGUAUUGCUUGACUGAUGUUGAAGAGAAGGAUGCUGGUGAAAAGUUGCAGGGAUUAUCUCUGGUACCUCUUUGCAACGGUUCUUUAGCAACAAUCGCAAUUUCUGGAGCAGGUGAACGGAUUUUAGUAACAACAGAUGAAGAGUCCCAACUCUUGAAAAACGCUGUUCCUUACAUGCUUGUCGAUUCGACAAUGGCGAAUGAUGUUUUUGAGAGACUGCGAAAGAUUGCUGAGUGUGGGACUACAAAUUUGGCUCUGCUAACUGGUCAAGUACUCGAGGAGUUGCUACCUCGAUUAGUACCUGCAGACUGGAGAAGUAAAAGCGUAGUGGCAUGGGUGCCUGGUGAUGGAGUUUAUCCUAGUUUGGAAUGGAUGCAGUUGCUCUGGAAUUUCCUAGAUUCAUCAUGUAACGAUUUAUCUGUAUUUGUAGAAUGGCCAUUAUUACCCACCUUCGAUGGCCAUUUGAUCAGUUUGGUCAAACAUUCACGUGUAAUAAGAGAUGAAGGAUGGAGUGAGAACAUGGUAAGUGUUCUGCAGAAGGCUGGUUGUGCUAUAUUGAGGUCUGAUAUGCAGAUUAAGCAUGCAUCUUUGGGGGAAUACGUGCAUGAUGCAUCAGCGUUUGGAAUUUUAGAUUCAUUGCGAGCAGCGGUUGGUGGGCAGCUACAAUCCUUGGCUCACUCAUUGCGAAAUGCGUCAGAUGGGGAGCUUCGCGAACUUCGCAGCUUCUUAUGUCAAUCUAAGUGGUUUGCCUCUGGCAAAUUGAAUGCAUCCCAUAUUGAAGUUCUGCGAAGCUUACCCGUAUUCGAGUCGUAUUCUCGUAGUGGGCGUAGAUUUACAGAUUUGCCACACGGCAAGAGGUUCUUUGCACCGCAUGAUGUUAGUGAGGAGCUCUUGGGGGAAAAUUUUAUUCGGGCGGAGUCUCAGAAGGAAGAGGAGGUUUUGGCAGUAUAUCUGGGGGUGACUAAGUUGAACAGAGCAGUUUUCUAUCGUGAUCACCUCUUUAGCAAUAUGGCUCAGAUUCCAGUAGCCGUUACAACGCGAGCUAUGUUGGCUAUCAUUCUGGACUACUCCAAAUUUGUUGAGGAAGAUCCAGCUCUCGUGAAUGUAAUGUCUAGUUUGCCUUUUGUUCUCACAGCACAAGGCAUUCUUGAAGCUCCAGAAAGAUUGUACGAUCCUCGUGUUCCUGAACUUCAGACACUGCUCAACAAGGAUGUGUUCUUUCCUUCAGGUGAUUUUGCCGAUGAUGCCGUUUUAGACGUAUUGGUGGAAUUGGGCUUGAAGAGAUCCUUGGGUCAUAGUGGUCUUUUAGACAGUGCACGGUCUGUGGCUAUGAUAAGUAGUCAGAAUCCGUCUGAAGCUGUUCACAGAGCAAAAGCUCUACUUGCUCAUAUGGACGAUCUUCAGAUUGCACAUGAGUCCCGUGGCGUUGAAUUUGAAGAACGGGUACUUGGCACUACGACAAAACAACAUCCAACAAAUGAUGAAAUGGAGGCAGGAUUCUGGUUGCAGCUGGCUAAUAUAAAUUGGUGUCCUGUCCUUACAUGGGCACCAGAUGACAAGCUUCCGUGGCAGCAAGUCACGAGUCCCAUUGCUGCUCCGAAGAUGGUCCGUCCAAAAUCUCAAAUGUGGCUUGUUUCUGCAACUAUGUUCAUUUUGGACGGAGAAUGUCGAUCUUCAGGCCUGGCAGCAAAGCUUGGCUGGGAAGAUCAUCCAAAUGCUACCGUUUUGGCAGCUCAAUUAGUGGAGCUAUCGAAACAGCAUGGUAAAUGGCAGAAUACCGUGGUCAAUGAAGCGAAUGCCCUUCAGGAGCUAAAUGAAACUUUUAACAGGGAAGUGCCUUCUCUCUACAAGUUGCUGCAGGAGAAAGUUGGUACCAAAGAUUUGACAUUUGUUCAAGAAGUGCUUGCUGGGAUUCCGUGGGUAUGGGUUGGAGAGGGAUUUGUUUUUCCAAAGCAACUUGCUUUUGAUUCACCAGCUCAUUUUCAUCCAUAUCUUCACAUAGUUCCCAGUGAAAUUGUGGAGUUUCGAAAGUUGCUUACUAUCUUCGGUGUACGAGAGAAGUUCGAGGCUAUUGAUUAUGUAAAUGUACUCCGCCGAAUUGCCUUGGACAUGAAGGGAGGGGUGCUGGCAAAAGAGCAACUUACAUUCUGUUUGAGGGUCCUAGAAGCCCUUUCAGAAGUAAUUCCCUUGAAUGUAGAGGCGCAUUCAAUUUUAGCCUCAGUUGUGAUGCCUGAUGACACAGGAAUCUUAGCCUUGGCGAAGGAUUUAAUCUACAAUGAUGCUCCGUGGUUAACUAAAAGUGCCUCUGGAAUGACUGGGAUGCGCCGACUUGUCCAUCCAGAUAUUGAUAAUGAGUUGGCAGAGCGAUUAGGUGCCAAAUCCCUACGUUAUCUCUCCUUGGUAGACCAGGAAAUGACAAGCAAUUUGCCAUGCCCAGACACUUCCACCAUUUCUGACAUCCUUUCAGAGAGGGAGAAUAGAAGCCUUUUGAUGUUUGAUCUUCUAGAAAUUGCUGAUUGCUGUAAAGCGCGGAAGGUGCACUUCAUGUAUGAUAAACGAGAACACCCUCGACAAUCUCUUCUUCAGCCCAACUUAGGUGUAUUUCAAGGUCCAGCUCUAACCGUUGCGUUUGAAGGAGCAGUUCUUACCACAGAAGAAAUUUGCUCUCUUCAAACAGGCAUGCCAUCUAAGCUACGUGGACAGUCAUGUCAGUACGGUACUGGCCUAUUGGGUGCUUACUAUGUCACAGAACUCCUGUUCAUUGUCUCCAGUGGUUGCUUGUACCUUUUUGAUCCGCCUGGGCAAGUCCUUGCGGCAUCACCAAAUGAUGCACGAGCUACUGUUUCCGGUGGGAUGCCCGUAGGGAAAGCUUUUGCUUUGAAAGAUACGGACUUGGCUCAAAGGUUCUCCGAUCAAUUUCGCCCUUUGCAAAUUUCGUCAUCAUUAUCCUGGGCAAGGACUGAUGCAACAAUAUUUAGAUUUCCAUUGCGCUCGAAAGAACAGGUAGCUGAUGGCAAAUUCAAAGAUGCUGAGGAGUGUAGGGAUACGGAUAUUGCAAGCAUCCUUGAGAACUUCAAGAGUCGUGCCUCAAGUGCACUGCUGUCUUUAAAAGCAGUUGAAGAUGUUUCUGUCACGGUUUGGGAGGAAGGAGAGAUUGCACCUCACGGGCUGUUUGCAGUACGUGUGGAUCCAGCACGAGCAUUGUUGCGAAAUCCCUUUCAAGAAAAGAAAUGGCGUAAUUUUAAAUAUCAGCUGACCAGCAUAUUUGGUGGAUCUAGCUCAGCAUGCAAAGUGCACACCAUUGAUAUCCUCCUCACAGAAGAUGGAACUAAACUAGUCGAUAAAUGGCUGGUGGUUCAGUGCCUAGGCUCCGGCCGUACCCGUGACAUGGCCUUAGACAGGAAAUAUCUUUCAUAUGAUCUGACACCAAUUGCGGGUGUAGCAGCUCAUAUUUCACGUAAUGGAUCAAUUCCAGAUGUCGAUAUUGAUGGUUGCAUAUUGGCGCCUCUGCCAGUUCCCGUGGUCACUGGACUGCCAGUGACCAUCAUUGGUAAUUUCUUGAUUCGUCAAGACACCACUCGUCACUUGUUCAAGAGCCUCGCUCUUCCAGAUUUGUCAAUAAGUUCAUCAUCUGGACCAAGAAUCUCAUUUGAAAAUGUGGCUGCCGCUUGGAACAAAGAACUUUUGUCAUGUGUACGAGAUUCAUAUGUUGAGCUGCUCCAAGAGCUUCAACGGUUGAGACAGGAUCCUUCUUCAUCACGAGCCGAUCCACCUAUUGGUCGUGGUCUCGAUGGCACGUAUGGAGUCCCUGCAGAGCGUGCUUACUCUUUCUGGCCGAGAUCAAGAGCAUUCACGUCGACGGAUCUUCGUGCAGUCGAGGGACAAUGCUUGGUUGAAUGGUUAAUUAAACCUAUGUAUGCACGAUUGGUGGAACUGCCCAUGUGGCAGCUGCAUGGGGGUGCUAUGGCCAAAGCCACAGACGGAAUGUUUUUGUUACCCCCUGGGACAAAGCGACAGGGCAUGGCCCCUCCUGCAACCGUUUGUGAUUUUCUAAAAGCUCAUUACCGUGUUUUCGCGGUUCCUUGGGAACUUACCAAAGAAAUGGAAGCUGCUGGAGUGAGUGCAAAGGAGUUGACGCCCAAAAUGUUGAGGAGUUUACUUAAAAUUCCAACGGUUGCUGCUGCCGUUCCUUCUUUUGUGACUCAAGUGGACCUUUUGGAAUUUUGCUGUACUGAUCUUCAUACAGAAAAACCAGCUACUUCUAGACAUCCGAGCAUGGCUUAUUCUCAACUACAGAAUGAAGCAGACGAGUCUGGAAAUAUGCAGACGAAUUCCACUGAGGUGCACAGCAUUAGAUCCUCAUUACGACAGCCUACUGGACUGCAGGUUCUUAACAACCCCAGGUUGAGGACUCCUGGGCUCCUGCGUUCAGAUCAGCCAGCUCACUCUGAACAUCAGGCGCCGUCCAUGUCGUCGGAUGGGCGGGAUCCUUUGGAAUGGUUUUCUGAUAUUGGGAGGGCUCUUGCUGAUUUUGGUACAGGUGUAAUGAAUGAUAUUAGUAGAGAUGGUCAAGAUGCGUCAGGCUUAGUGUCAGGAACAGAUGACGAUUCCACCUUGGAUCCAUCCUUAGUGCUUGAUCUGAAGGGUUUAUUGUGUCCAACUGCAACGAACCAAAUGACCAAGCUGGGUAUGACUGAGCUUUGGGUUGGGAGCAAAGAGCAGCAAGAUCUUCUCCCUAGUUCUGGUUCAAGAUUUGUGCAUGCUUUAUGUGUUGAACGUACCGUUCUUGCAGAUCUCUUUCAUGAUCAUGUUUUUCAGAAUCUUCUGAAGCUAAAGCCAUUCACCUCUCAAGUUUUGGCAGCUAAUCUUGGUGCUGCACUUCCGAAACAUUGGAUUCCACGAGGGGCUGUAGCAGCUGCAGCUCCUUGGGUGGGAUGGACAAUGAACCCUAUGACAGGACCUACUGCAGAAUGGUUACGGUUGCUGUGGAAGAACAUAAAUGCUGCUUCAAGCGAGGAGCUCGCUCUCUUCUCGCAAUGGCCUUUGAUUCCUGCUGUCACAUCUACACCUGUGCUGGUUCGUGUUGGUCAACGACAAUUGGUGUUUGUACCUCCAUCACCACAACAGCGGCUCCCCAGUCCUGCAGGGGAGGAUGUUAUUGCAGAUGCCGACGUGGAUGACAGUACGCGAGGUUAUUUGGAUCUUGAAAGGCAACACCCAUGGCUGCUGCCGCUAUUGCGAAAUUGCGGUGUUCCCGUCUAUGAUCGACGGUUUUUGGAUUGCAGUAUACUUGAUGUAUGUGUGCCUCCUCCUGAGAAGUCUCUUGCCCAGGCUGUGGUAGCGAUAUUCUUGGCACUUCAGCAAGCCGGAUGCCUAUCCCCCUCAGACCUAGCUUUUACACCUGCAGACUGUGAUGCUCUUUUCAGACUGUUCGCUUCAUCCCCAUCUGCGCAAUCUGCAGCUCUGGGUUACAGCUCGGAGGAGCUUAAUAUGCUGAGGUUACUCCCUAUUUACAAGACUCGCACAGGCACCUAUGUAACCUUGGACCAACACAUGCAUUGCAUAGUACCCCCGAGUAUGUUUCUUCAACCAGACGAUGACCUCUGUCUAGAAUACCGUGAAAUAUCAGAAGGUGGAGCACUCUACCAGGCUCUAGGUAUUCCAGAACUUGCUGAUCAUGAAGUGAUGGGAAGAUUCGCUUUACCUGGGUUCGAAUCACAAUCUGAACGCGAACAGGAACGAAUAUUGGGAUAUCUUUUGAGUAAUUGGUCAUCUCAUAGGCAGCACGAGAAUCUGGUUGCUGUGUUGAGUGAAACUAAGUUUGUUAAGAAUUUGUCUGGCGAUCCAGUCAUGUAUCGUCCUUCAGAUCUAAUGGACCCAGAAAGUACUUUGCUUAAACGCAUCUUUGCUGAUGAGCCAAGCAAAUUUCCUGGAGGGCAGUUUGCUACUGGUGCAUGGUUAGCAGUUUUGCGGGUUGCAGGCUUACGGUCAGCUAUAGACUCUCCGCUACUACUGGAAUGUGCAAAGAAAGUUGAGAGCCUUGGAAAGGAAUCUAUUUAUGACUCAGAGUUAAAGGAUGACUUUGAUUCAGAGUCUGCCGGCAACAAUGGCGUUUCUAGUGAGCUUUGGAUUACUGCAGGCAUGCUAACAGAAGCGCUUUUAAGCAAUUUCGCAUCAGUUUAUGGGACUAGCUUUUGUGAAGCCCUUGGUCGUAUUGCCUUCGUGCCAGCAGAAAGGGGCAUGCCAAGUAUUGGUGGGUCUAGUGGUGGCAGAAAAGUACUAGCGGCUUACAAUGAAGUAGUUCUUGUGAAAGACUGGCCUCUAGCUUGGACUUGUGCUCCAAUACUCGCCAGGUCUAACGUCGUUCCUCCCGAGUUUUCUUGGGGAGCAUUCCGUCUGCGACAUCCUCCCCCUUUCUCCACUGUGGUAAAACAUCUCAAGAUGGUUGGUCGCAAUGGGGGUGAAGAUAUUCUGGCAAGGUGGCCAAACGGAAAAGGCAUGAGAUCCGUAGAGGAUGCUUUUGGAGACGUGCUCAAGUAUCUUACAAGCGCAUGGGAUGGUCUUUCAGAUUCUGACAAAGAUGCUUUAAGAGCAUUGCAAUUCAUACCGGUCGCAAAUGGCACACGUUUGGCAGCAGCUUGUUCAUUGUUUGCCCGCCUGGGCAUGGAUCUGGCUCCGUUUGUAUUUGAGCUCCCAAGUGCUUACUUGGCAUAUGUGGAUGUAUUGACAUCAUUGGGAAUGACAAACUCGCCGACUUUCGAAAGUAUGCGAGCGCUGCUUUUACAGCUGCAGCACACCUGUGGAUAUCAACGUCUAAACCCCAAUGAAUUACGAGCUGUAUUACGUAUUCUAACCUUCAUCUGUGAUAAGGCUAACAGGGUUAAAUCAAUGAAGAGCCACGCGUUGCCUGAUCCUGCUGUAGAUGCCGUGGUGCCUGAUGAUGGUGGCAGGCUUCUGCAAGCAAAAUCGUGUGUGUAUCCAGACUCUGCUGGUGCAAGUCUGGUUGGAAAGAUAGAUUCAUCUCGUGUGAGAUUUGUGCAUCCCCAUGUUACGGAACAACUUUGUGUUGAACUGGGUGUUCGAAAGCUCUCCGAAGUUAUUGUUGAGGAACUGGACGAGAAUAGGUCGCUUGAGAUGUUGGAUAGCAUUGGUGAUUUUACGCGAAAUUCAAUCGCCGAAAGGUUGCGAAGUUCUUCUUUUGCGGACGCGAUGUGGGCUAUUGUGCAAGAAGCAAGUGAUGGUAUACCAGCUCUCAAAGUGGCGUUAAGCAAGGAAAAGCUAGUAAAAUAUUUGGGCUAUGCAGCUGACGGACUUUGGUUUGUAAGACGACUUUACACACGUUUUCUUAUGCUGCCAGCCCGUACAGAUGUCACACGACGAUAUAAAAAAGAUUCUGCUAUUCUUAUAGAUGACGAACAUGGUGGGGAUAUAGGACACAGGGUUUUUGAGCAUGUUGACCAAUCAAGAAGUCGGAUCUUGAUUGCAGUGCCAGCUCAGGGUGUUACCUUACCAGAUCUGCUAGCAGUCGUUUUAAGUCGUCUUAUUGGAAGCCCAGUUAGCCUUCCAGUUGGUGCGUUAUUUAUGGCGCCAAUAGGUUCAGAUUUAAGUGUAUUGAAUGUUCUCAGAUUAGGUUUGACUGCAAACAACAGAGGCAAGAACUCGAUGGCAAAUAGUGGAGUAUUAGGAAUGGAAUUAGUAGGUGCUGAUGCAGCACUCGUGCAAUGCCAUCCGUUGCGGCCUUUUCAUGCUGGGGAAAUUGUUGCAUGGAGGCCGGAUGAACAAGGAGGGCUGCGAUACGGGCGUGUACUACAUGACGUCCGUGCUUCAGCUGGGCAGGCAAUGUAUCGGCUUGAGGUGGAAACAGGACCCAGUACAAUAAAGUUGCUUUUGUCAUCUCAAGUUCUGUCAUUCAAAGGCACAGCUGCUGCCACUAUGGCUGCGACGAGCCUCGUUUCUGAGGAUAACGUUCCAGAAGCUGUCAAUAGCACCAGUAUCUUGGAACCUGUUCAUAGGCUUAAUAGAGACUCACGUUCUGAGACUACUCCUGAAACCUCAGAAGUGCAGGAAUCAUCUCGAGGACAAGUUGCAGGAAAUGUUCCAGCUGCUGAGGUAGUAGGAGCAGUGAGGGACAUGUUGGCUGCUGCUGGGUUACCUAUGGGUGCAGAUCAGAUAUCCUUGCUGGAGCACUCCUUGACAUUGCAGGAGCAGUUAACGGCAGUCGACACAGCUCUUAUAGAAGAGCAGAGAAGGGCAGAGACAGCGGUUAAGGAAGCUGAAGCUGCCCGUGCAGCAUGGACGUGUCGCGUUUGUUUGACGAAUGAGGUGGAUACAAUUGUAAUUCCUUGUGGACAUGUUUUGUGCCAAAAUUGCUCAAGGGCGGUCACCCGCUGUCCUUUCUGCCGUCGCUCUGUCACCAUAUCUCAGCGACUAUACCGCCCAUAAAGAGAUUUAAGUAACAAAACCCUCUUGUAGUUAAUGUUUGUAUUGGUUGUGCUACACAUUCUUGGUAAGUAGAUUCUGUGCACUAAGUGGACAGCAUGGUUAGAAUUGUAGAUGCUAAUAGUUGCAUUAGGUUCAACAUUUUGUACACACGAACUAGCUGGUCUUGCAUGUCCCUAAGGACACUGCCUAAAAUUUCCAGUCAGUGACAACAAUUCAAUGUAUCAUUUUGACAAGGUCUCAAGGCUAUUCUUGCCUGUACCAAAAUUUUUAUUGAUGAGAUUUGUGGUCA